AUGAACAUUCCCCUUGGGAACAAGAAGGGGACUCAAGGACCCCCUGGAAGCACAUGGCCAGAGGAGCUCAUCGCGCUGGGGCCUGGGGAAUCUGCCUGGCAGGUGGUCCUGAAGAAGAUCCAGGAGCUCUCUGAUUCAGACCACCGAGACCCCUUCAUGGUCGCCAACCUGGGCGUGCUGGCCAGCCGCCAUCAGGCCUUCUGCCGCGCCCUGCCAUGGGUCUCACCCUUCUACGCGGUGAAGCGCAACAGCAGCAUCUGGGUGCUGCGCGUCCUGGCCAUCCUGGGCACCAGCUUCGACUGUGCCAGCCAGGUGGAGCUGGAGCAGGUGCUGGGCUUGGGCGUGGCCCCCUCGCGCAUCAUCUACGCCAACCCCUGCAAGCCUGUCUCCCACAUCCAGUACGCUGCCUGCCGGGGGGUGCAGCUCAUGACCUUCGACAGCGAGGAGGAGCUGACCAAGGUGGCCCAGCACCACCCCAAGGCCAGGCUGGUCCUCUGGCUGUGGACCCAGGACAGCGAGAGCACGUUCCCCCUGAGCGCCAAGUUCGGGGCCACCCUGGAGGUGUGUGAACACCUGCUCCAGUCUGCCAGGGCCCUGGGGUUGGCGGUGGUCGGGGCCAGCUUCCACAUGGGCUCGAACUGCCAGACGGCGCGCUCCUUCACCCAGGCCUUCGCUGACUGCCGGCGCGUGUUCGAGAUGGGCCGGGCCUCCAGGCACGACAUGAGCCUCCUGGACAUCGGAGGGGGCUUCCCGGGAGAGGAGGGCUUCGAGCCUAAGUUUGAGGAGAUGGCAAGAGUGAUCAAUGCUGUGCUGGCCCAGGACUUCCCCGUGGGGGGCGGCGUUGAGAUCAUCGCAGAGCCGGGGCACUUCUACGCCGCGUCUGUCUGCACGGCCGCUGUCAACAUCAUUGCCAAGAAGGCUGUGCUGCAGCCCGGAGGCCACCGCAAGCUGGUGUACCUCAAUGAGGGUCACUACGGCAUCUUCCGCAUCUUCUCCAGGGAGCCUGUCCCCAGGAUGCCCAUUGUGGUGAAGGAGCUCUGCUCAGAGCCUCCCCUCUUUCCCUGUACCCUCUAUGGUCCCACAUGUGAUGCCUUUGACAAGCUCUUCCCAGGGGAGCUGCCGAUGCCCGAGCUGGAUGUGGGUGACUGGCUCGUCUUGCCUUCCAUGGGCGCUUACACCACCACCGUGAGCUCCACCUUCAACGGCUUCCUGCCCGCCUCCGUCUCCUAUGCCAUGGACCCUGAGCUCAGGUGUACCAUGGUGGCCAUGGCCAUAGAUGGGCCGGAGAAUGAGGUGCUCCUGGGGGUCUCUGCAGACCCAGGCUCCAGCUGGCUACCCCGAAGCCCCUGCAGUCCUCAAAGCCCUUUCGUGGCCCCACAUACUUUCCUUCCAGAGCCGUAUCUGCUGGCGACUCAGAACGACCCCGCGAGCUCACGAUGA